CCGCAUAAAUCCAAGUCCCUCCCAGACGGCAGCUGCAGUUCAGCGAGGCUGCUAUCAUCCUCGUGCGGCUCUGUGACUUGACUCAUUCAUUCAAGGAUAAGUUGAUGUCCAUCUCUAAUUACUGCUUGGACAGAAAAGCCGGAAAAACAUAGAGGAGGUUUAUUUUCGCAACCGUAAUGAGCGCGUCAGUGUUUCAGACUCAAGAUCAGCAGUAGAAAAUCCGCGUUAGGCAAAGCCAUCACCGUUACGCGCGAAUCAAGCGGUCACCUGUGCAGGAUGAAGGUUAACUUUGGCUCUGUGGUGGUCACUGCCGGCAUCUGCGGUCUCAUGAGCUUCGCUUUCCUGGCGACUGCUCUCGGAACCGAUUACUGGUACAUCAUAGAGAUGAAUCCUGUGAAUAUGAGCGACACUGAGGACAUGAGCUCCCAUUCAGGACUGUGGAGCAUCAACGAAGGUGGGAAGAACAACGCAGACUCUAUUGACUCCUUCAGUGCAGACUACUCCAGGUACUCUGAGAUUGAGCUGCACAUGCUGAGCAUGCACAGUGCAAUAGUGGUGGUGCUUCCCUUCAGCCUGGUGCUGCUGCUAAUUGGUGGCAUCUGUGGACUGGUCAGCUCCCUGGCUCGAAGCCCGGUCCUCCUCACCGGCACGGCGUGCUACUUCUUCAUCUGCAGUCUGCUGACACUGUGUGGUGUGAGCCUCUACAUCUUCUACUCGCACCAGGCGAAGGCUGAGACAGAGAGGCUGGUGGGGCCGGAGGGUCUGGCCUAUAUUCACACCUCCUUCGGGUGGUCUCUGGGUCUGGCCUGGCUCUCCUACGGCCUGGAGCUCCUCACUGGCGCACUGCUGCUUGGGGCCGCGCAAGUGGCCAAGCUGAAGCACAGCACUUCCACCAUGGCCUGACCCAAGCAUCCACAGUGGAUCCAGCACAUUCAGGAUGGAGGAGGAGCUGUACUGUCUGAACUGCAUGUGUUGCUAGCAUGUGGUUCUGCUUUAGCACAAGGUAACAAACAAUAAGAGGACACUAUUAAGGCUCUCACACACAAAAAAAUGUUGAACUAAAGAUGUUGUGGACUGUUAAAAGAAUGCUUUAAACGUUAAACGUCAUAAUUCUGCUGCAGAUCGGAGAUGUGGUGAUUUACAGUAAGUGGUGGAUUACUCUGAGUUCAACAUGAUCAACUGCUCCCUCUUGUGGUCAGAAUUGUAGUGGCUCCUCAUAUCCACUGUCGGUGCAUCUCACUAUAACCUGUGCCAAACAAAACUGACAGUCUCACAAUUUAAAAUCAUCUCCUGUUUAUUAAAAAUUUGUAGAUACAUUUUUAUUCUCACAUUUUAAAUUGGCCAUAUUUGUUGUUUUUGAAUGUUUACAGUGUUAGAACACAGCAAGUCAAACUUUAAAAUGUUGUAUAUACUAUGACAUGUUAUGUUACAUGUUUAUCUAUUGAAAAUGAGUAAUAAAUAUUUGUUCCAUGUGACUGUAGCUUGAAAAUGUUACACCACUGCAGCGACUUACUGCCUUGAUAUCAGUAUUACGAUGAUAUUGUGGCUGACUAUUGGUGCUUUCACAAAAUACACAAUGAAAUUUUUGAUAAAUAAUCAUCAGUAAUGUGAAUAUAAUGACAGAGUGGGUAAAGGCAAGUGAUACAACAGCUACAACAGACCAGAUGAUUGCACCACAUUACUGUAAUGCAGCAUUUAAAUCUAGGAAAAGACAACGCUUAUUAUAUUACGAUAUCCAUCCAUAACUUGACUUUGAAAAAAGAAAGAUUUCAGGGCUUAAAAUAACUGCACAUGUGACUGGGAGAUUUGGUCCGAAGGUCAAAGGCAGUUUGUACUCUUGACUUUUAGGCAGCAGUCGUAAGCAGAAUGGGGUGACAGGUUUCCUGCUGUUGUCACCCAGCUGGCUGCAUCUUUUGAGGAAAAACACAAACACACAUCACCAAAUACUUUUCUUAGGCGUUCCUAUGGCAACCUAAACAUCCUGUGCAUGCACACAAAGGAUGGUAAAGUGGGUGUGAGAUUCUAAA